AUGCUUGUUCAACAGCAUGAACAGAAAGCCUUCCUCAGCUGGAUGCGUGAGACAGGCAAUAUGUUUACAGGUGAUGAAUAUCAAACACGCCUUGGAAUUUGGAUUGCCAACAAACGUCUUGUUCAAGAACGUAAUCGUGCCAACCUCGGUUUUACGGUAGCACUCAACAGACUUGCCCAUCUCACACCUGCUGAAUACCAAGCACUUCUUGGAUAUUGUAAUAACGGUGUUUCUGUAAAAGCAGUCAAAUCUAAUGCAGUUUGCAUUGAUGAAAUCGACUGGCGUUCAAAGGGUGUUGUUAAUCCAGUACAAGAUCAAGGACAAUGCGGCUCUUGCUGGGCUUUCUCUGCCAUUCAAGCUCAAGAAUCACAGUAUGCAAUUACCUACAGCAAUCUCCAAAAGCUUUCAGAGCAAAACCUUGUUGACUGCGUUUCCACUUGCUAUGGCUGCAAUGGCGGUCUCAUGACAAGCGCUUAUGAUUAUGUUAUCAAUCAUCAGAAUGGUAAAUUCAUGUUGGAAAAAGAUUAUUCAUAUACUGCUGCUGAAGGUUCAUGCAAGUUUGAGGCAACAAAGGCUGUUUCAAAGAUCACUUCCUACAUUCCUGUUGCAGAAGGCGAUGAAAAAGAUCUUGCAGUAAAGAUUGCUACUUAUGGUCCAGCUGCCGUUGCAAUUGAUGCUUCUGCUUGGUCAUUCCAAGUUUAUUCAUCAGGCAUCUAUGAUGAACCAUCAUGCUCCUCUUACAACCUCGAUCAUGGUGUUGGCUGUGUAGGUUUCGGUAAAGAAGGCUCUAAGAACUAUUGGAUUGUUCGUAAUUCUUGGGGUGAAUAUUGGGGUGAAAAGGGCUAUAUCCGCAUGAUCAAGGAUAAGAACAACCAAUGCGGCAUUGCAACAAUGGCUUGCAUCCCAGUUGACAAAUAA